AGGCUCCUGCAGAGACCCGCCCGCUCGCUCCAGCCAACAACAACAACAACAUCAUCACCCAUCAUCACAACCACAAACAUGGCUGAAGGCUAUCUCUGCUCAUCCUCGUUCAACGUGACGGCGGUACCGGGCGGGAUCUAAUCUCUGCUCACAGUGUGUCUCUCACACACAGUCUGGUGCCCGGGGUUGGGGAAGGGUAGGACAGCGAUGGAAAGCAGCGCCGGCGAUAACAGCCCGUCCCUCAGCGGUAGCGCCGGCUCCAACUCCUGGAUGCGAACGUGGGACAACAACAGCUCUUUCUCGGCACUGAACACCGGGAGUGGUUCGGAGAUAGAUGCCGGGGAUGAAGAUAAAGAGAUUGCAUCAAAAGCUGUGGCACUUGUUAUCAGAAGUUCUCGAAAGGGUGUCGUCCCACUCUGUGCUGACGUAGCUAACCUUUUGAAGAUCAAGUGGAGCUACAGCUGUGUCACUUUUGAGAUUUUGUGCCUCAAAGAAAUCUACAGUAAACUGAAAGAUGUACAUACAACAGAACCGAUAAGGUGUGAGGAGCGACAGCAGAUUGUGAUCCAAGUAUCUCCCAGAGAAUCUCCCCAUCAACCGGACCAGGAGGCACUGGUCCAAUGUGUCUCCGCACCUCAGAGUGUGGAGUCAGUACAGAAGCCAGUCCAUGGACAUGAGUUCACGGUGACACGGGAGGUCCAAGUGGAAUGCCCCAAACUCCUUAUGCAGAAGAGGUGCGAAGAGGAGCUCAUGGAAACAUUGCUGUUAAAUUCCAGGCUGACGGAAGGUUUGGGGCACGCUUGGAAUCAGAUUGAACAACUACGCGACCGUCUCAGACAAAGUGAGAAGCAAGAGCCACAGGAGAUUCUGUCCAUGGAAAGUGUAUACCAUGGACAAGAUACUAGGAGCACAGCAGACGGUAAGGCACGAGACAGAGAACAAAUCCCCACAGCUUGCCGAUGUGGCAAUCAAGACACGGUGCUAACCAGUUACAGAGAAGAAGGACACGUUAGACAGCAGACAAAUAGAACAGACGAGGGGAGGUCAAGGAAACACUUGGUCAGUUGUACACUCCCAACAAAGAAGGGACAGUUACAAUCUGCAUCCCAUGAAGACACACCAAAGGCAAGAAGCCCUGAUUUUCUGGUCGAUGCCACUCUAAGUUGCUCCAUCUUCCCUUUUCCUCUGGUCGGCUGCCAGUGCUCCAGCUGCAGCUCCUUCUUUAGCAAUUACAAACUGACGAAUGGUCGCAAUGGCCAUGAGAAAGACAAAAUCAAAACGUUGCUGUACUUGCAGAGGCAGAAACUUCCCAUUAACAUAAACGACUACGUGAUUGUAAAUGGCAACAAGUCAGGCACUGCUCGUUAUGUUGGCCACUUGGACGCUUCAGGAAUGGCCAAUGCUGUUUUUGUAGGAGUUGAGCUCGACGAACCAAGUGGACGACAUGAUGGUACUUUCAGAGGGAAGCGGUAUUUCCAGUGUUAUGAGAACUUUGCCAUUUUUGUUCCAGUCCAUGAGAUAUUUUAUGUCAUAAGUAAAAAGCCAAAGAAAUCCAUUUCACCUCCAACACCACGCUCAAUGCAGCACUGCCAUUCCCUCGGAUCGCUCUCCAAUAAUCCCAGGGCUAGAGGAGAGCACAGUCAUCAAGCUAAUUCCAGGAAAAAGAAGCAGCAUGUGCCCAAGAACCUCCAUUCAAAUAAGAGAGGUCUGAGAAAGUCAGGAGCAUCUACCUCCUCGGGGACAUCUGUUAUGAGUGUGAACCUCCCUCAGGAAGAAUGCAGUGACGGUAAUGAGAGGACAGCGAAGGUAGCGGUCUCCUCCCUGCAGCCAAAACUUGGCAAUCGGACUUCCACCAUCACUGCGAGUCUACCUCCGGACAUUCCCCAGUAUCGAUUGGUUCAUGCAUCAAACACAGUGAGCCCCAGGAAAGUUUCCAGAUGCUGAUAAUGCAGAACUGACAAUAUCACCAGGAAAGAGCAGUCAGAUUUAAGGGAAGGAUGUUUUCCUCGAACAGAAGAUUCUUGGAAUCUUGGUUUGUCCGCAGCAGAUUGUUCACCUUGCUUAGGGAGCAGCAGCAAAACCAACACUUUGCAGACAUUGAACUUGCUGGUUGAUGGGGAGCUUUGCCAGUAACAUUAGUGAACGUGCACCGACUGCUGUAAGCCAGAACCGGGUAGCUCUGAUAGCCGCACGGUCUCAACUUACUGGAGCAUUUAAUACUGUUACUUCAAACCUGUACUAAAUAAAACCUGCACUGUAAUCAGAUGGAACUCCUGCAAACACUGAUACCGAGGCAGCACUGACCUACAUUAAAGCCACAUUCAUCAC